AUGAAGUUCACGGCCGGCCCCCUUUUUGCUACCCUGGCGUUGACCGCCUACUUGCCCGGAAUCCUCGCCGCUGAGGGCUACGCUCCCGGCAGGGGCUCUGUCGCCGUGUUCCGGCGCGAGCUUUCCAACAACGGCACGGCUGCCGCCAACGGCACUGAGGUCGAUGUUGGCCAAGGUGAAGAGAACGUCGACGAGAACGCCAACGAAGAGGAGAACGCCAACGCCAACGAGGAGGAGAACGCCAACGUCGACGAAAACGCCAACGAGGAAGAAAAUGUCGACGAGCAGCAGAACGCUGACGAGGAGAACGCUAACGUCGACGAGAACGCCAACGUCGACGAGAACCAGAACAACGAAGACCAGAACAAUGAAGACCAGAACAACGAGGACCAGAACAACGAGGACCAGCAGCUCGAGGAGUACAUCGAGAACAACGCCGACGGCAUCGACAUCGACGAGAACAACGUCGAGGGCAGCCUGCAGCAGAACAUCGGGAACCUGAUGCUCGGCCUCGGCGUCUGCAACUUCGACCUCAGCAGCAUCGCCGGCAUCGGCAUCGGCAACCAGGUGCAGCUCCUCCUGCAGCUGCAGCAGCUCGCCCAGCUCCAGCAGCUCGGCCUCGUCAACUCCGUCAACAUCGAGCAGCUCAUCCAGCAGGAGCUGCUCCUCAACAACUUCAACCUCAACAUCUUCAAGCGCACCAUCAACGCGACUGUCAAGCAGGCCUCGCGCGGAAAGAAGCGGACGAUCAUGAGCAAGCGGGAGUGCCAGAGCAAGAGCAACUAA